AUGUUAGAAGCUACACAAAAAACGUCUCAAUCAUCAGAAAAAGGAAAUUCUAUUAAAGAAGAUGCUCUUAUAGCUCCUGCACCUGUUUAUAAACAACUUUUGCAAGGUUAUGCUGAAGAACAUGCUAUUCAAGAUUUAUUAUAUUAUCUUGCUGAUGGACUUCGAAGAAAAUCUAUUGGAUUAGAUACUUAUUUAAAACAUGUUAGAGAACUUUCUCGAAAACAAUUUAUUUUACGAGCUACAAUGCGCAAAUGUCGACAAAUUGCUGGUUUACCUCUUAAAUAA